UGCUUUUUCUUCACAACCAUCAUCUGCAAUGUUCCCUACAACUUUAUAUAAUUUCUCUGUACUAUAGUUUAGCCAUUUUUGUUGAGGUUAUAUCUUCAUCCCACAAUGUUCAAUACAACUAACAGCUUUUUGUAGAGCAACUUCACAUUCUGUAGUUUCCAAAAUACAUUUGAAAUAUCACUUCAACAAAAAAAAAUUAACUCAGAAACCUGUAAAACAUUUUAGGUAAGAGGCCAUCCUCUUACCUAUUGAUAGCAGUUGGCAUCACUAUAAGGAAGUAGACCGGCUAGCACUUCAUCAUUCAAAAUUCAUGGUUGGUGGGCUGGAACUGCAGGUCUUUUAAACAAGAGAUAAAGGAAACAAGAUCGUCCAAAAACAGUCUGUUGUAAUGAUUAGAUCUUGGGAAUAAUAAUAUGCCAAAACAUGGUUCAUCACUGUGUCAUGUUUUCCAUACCAAUCCAACCGUAAUGCUCCUUAAGUUUAAAGACGCCAUAUACCUUCUUCACAGUUCUGCCGACUCCAGCAGUUCCUUCACCUAUUUCAAAUCUGCAGUUACUUUCGGUAAUUGUAAAAAAAAACUUUCAUCUUCAAACUGCCGCCUCAAGAUAGGUUUAUUUAAAAAUGUACACUUUUUUGAAAUGGACUUAAAGUUUAAAUGUCCCUUUAGUAUGUUCACGGAAGUGGAAACGGGUAAUUAGCUAAUACAGCUGCGAAAGCUUCAAACAUUGCGCCUGCAUAGACUAAAGACGGAAGGUAAGGUUCAUGAGUUAGUGAUGUUAAUCCCGGGCUCUGGUCGAACACACAGUGGUCCUCCAACUGAGUGAAGCGACGCCAGCCACGAACCUGCGUCCUGGCGCUCCGUCGCUCCACGCCCGCCGCUCCUCAGGAGGAACCGCAAUGGCACCUGAGCAGCUGUCCGGCCCGUCCUCAUACAGACCCUUAUCCCUGAAAUCCACCAAGAGCAACGAGGACAGACCGUGGAAAAUCCAACUCAUUUAUCUGCAGUGCUAUUUCAUUUCUAUUGCCUGUAUCUUAGGAACUGGAAUAUUGGGGUUGCCUGGUAAAGUGGCACAUGCAGGACUGCAACCUUUUUUGGUAUCAUUCAUAAUUGGAUUUUUUAUGCAGGUGUUGUUAAUUUAUCUUUUCGUUGACCUGUUGCAACGAUGUCAUUCAGCUCAGUUAGAGGAGGCUGUGAAGCAUUUUAUGGUGGAACGAAUUCAAAUGCAAGAUUUUGAUGCUCAAGAUCCUGUGCCAAGUUCCAUAGAAGAGGAGGAGGAGGAGGAAGAGGAGGAAACUGAGGAUGCAGAUCAUAUUUUAUUGAACCAGACUAAUGGAGUUAAUUGUUCUGAGAAGGAACAUGUGCCAAACCUACAUAUCCUAGGGUUUCUUUUCCUGAACAAAUAUCUGAGUAGCGUUUUCAAUAUCCUCCUCAUCCUACAAUUCAUUUCAAUUGGAAUCAGUUAUGUCUUGGCUGGUAGUGAAGCUUUUGCUGAGCUUUUGCAAAUAAGGCAUGUAUAUGUCAUUCCAUUUUUCACAUGGAUUUUGUCCUUUGGAAUUAUUUUGGCUCAAGUGAUUAUACAACCAAUCACAUCCAUUUUGACUCUGGCAAAAGGAACUCUGUUAAUCAUUACAGUAAUGGUGACCUUUGUUGUGGGCUCUGAAAUCCAUCAAGAAAUAAGCAAUGAUUUCUCCUGCAUUGGAAAACCCUUUCUAAUGGGCACUGUUGCACUUGGAGGCAUUGUAAAUGUGAUGCCAAUGUUAUUUUCUAAAAUUUCACGAAAGAGAUCUCAGGUAUUGUGGUUUCGCAGAGCUGUCGCUGGAGGCCUCACCACCUGUGCUGUGCUGAAUAUUUUCUGGUGUUGGGCUGUAUUGAAUAUUGUUCCCCAGACAUCUAUACGCAAAAUUCUAUAUGACAAACAUCUAAACAUCAGUAUACCUGGCUACAUAAUUGUUUACUCUAAUAUAUCUUUGGAAGCCUCAGAAAAGGCAGGGGAAAUAGCCACAGUUCCACUUACAAAAAUUAUAAUGGAACAAUACAGAAAGUUUGCCUGGAUGGCCUGGUUCACAGAAAUUUUUAUUACUAUCAGCAUUACUGUUUCUUUUUUGGUCAUUGGAUCUUCAAUGAAGCAUGCAUUGGAUGGUUGGGUGGCUUCCUUCUGGAACGGAAAAUGCAAGAUUGCUUCUAAACCGGGUGAAAAGUCAUGCUUACAACUAUUUAAGAUUAACAAUUUAAAAAGUGUGACUCAAGGAUUAGUUUGCCUUCUGGGAUUUGGUAUAAUUUUUCUGGUGGCUCUGUCAAAUCCAAAGGGAUUCGUUGUUCUGCUUGACAAAGUGACUUCAUUUGCUUUAAAUCUUGAAGCUGGUCUCUUCAUUUUUCUAAUGGUACGAAAUGCUCGAUCAGAGCCUUAUAAGCAUUUAACAGUGCCUUUGCCUGUGAGUCCAAGGAUCUUUUUGUUACAUUGGCUGCUCCCAGUGUAUUUCUUAUUUGCAGUGGGAUAUGACAUAUGUCAGUCUUUGACUUUGUUAGCUCAUGGUUGGCAUCCAAUGCAUUUACUGUCAAAUAAUAGUACAAAUGCCUGAAAAUGGAAAUGUACAAAUUAGUAAUGGAUCCCUGGAAUUAGAAAAGAAAAAAAAUUCAGAUAUUUUGUCUAAUUCUUCCAUUAAUAUGUAAUAAUAUGCUCAAAAAUUAUAUUCUAUUUAAUUUUAAUGUCAUACUGGCAAUUUGCUUUUAAUAUUUUGUCUUCACCACAUAAUUUGCAAUUGCUUGUAAGGAACAAGUUGCUUAAUUUGUAAAAUUACUUGUAUAACAGUUAUUUUCUAGCUGUUUUGGGAAAAAAAUGUCAGAUUUUAAAGCAAGCAGUUUUCAUUCAGUGAAGAUCGAUUUCCUGCAGCCUGAAUAGCAGAUAUAUAUAUUUUUUAAAUAAGCAUUCUGGAACAGAAAAUGCAAAAUCCCUGUUUCUGAUUUGGAGUUGCGGUACGGGAAGAAUAUAUAAAUUCUUGAACAUACUUAAAUAUUCAACACUGUUAAAUAUACAGUGCCUAUAACAAGUACUUACCACACCCCCCCAGAAGUUUUCAUGUUUUAUUGUUUUACAAUUUUGAAUCACAUUGGAUUUAAUUGGGUGUUUUUUUUUCUGACACUGAUCAACAGAAAGACUCUGACAUGAGAGUGAAAACAGAGCUCUACAUUAAUUCUAAAUAUAAAAUCACAAAAUAUUUGAUCUCACAAGUUUUUACCCCCUUUAAUAUGACACACCAAAUCAUUACUGGAUCAACCAAUUGGUUUUAGAAGUCACAUAAUUACUUAAAUGCAGAUCACCUGUGUGAGUCAAGGUGUUUCAAUUGAUGAGGGUAAAAAAAACUACUGGUGGGUCAGUUUUUGGCAGGAUAUUACACCAUGAAGACAAAAGAACACUCCAAGUAAACAAAAAAGAUAGGUGUAGGAGUAGGCCAUUCAUCCCUUCGAGCCUGCACCACCAUUCAGUAUGAUCAUGGCUGAUCAUCCAACUCAGAACCCUGAACCUGCUUUCUCUCCAUACCCCCCGAUCCCUUUAGCCACAAGUGCCAUAUCUAACUUCCUCUUAAAUAUAGCCAACAAAGCAGCCUCAACUGUUUCCUGUGGCAGAGAAUUCCACAGAUUCACCACUCUCUGUGUGAAGAAGUUUUUCCUCAUCUCGGUCCUAAAAGGCUUCCCCUUUAUCCUUAAAAUGUGACCCCUUAUUCUGGAAUUCCCCAACAUCAGAAACAAUCUUCCCGCAUCUAGCCUAUCCAAUCCCUUUAGAAUUUUAUACAUUUCAAUAAGAUCCCCCCUCAAUCUUCUAAAUUCCAGUGAGUUUAAGCCUAGUUGCUCCAGUCUUUCUUCAUAUGAAAGUCCUGCCAUCCCAGGAAUCAAUCUGGUGAACCUUCUCUGUACUCCCUCUGGCAAGAAUGUCUUUCCUCAGAUUAGGGGUCCAAAACUGCACACAAUAUUCUAAGUGCGGUCUCACCAAGGCCUUGUACAACUGCAGUAGAACCUCCCUGCUCCUGUACUCAAAUCCUUUUGCUAUGAAUGCCAACAUACCAUUUGCCUUUUUCACCGCCUGCUGUACCUGCAUGCCCACCUUCAAUGACUGGUGUACAAUGACACCCAGGUCUCAUUGCACCUCCCCUUUUCCUAAUUGGCCACCAUUCAGAUAAUAAUCUGUUUUCCUGUUCUUGCAACCAAAGUGGAUAACCUCAGAUUUAUCCACAUUAAAUUGCAUCUGCCAUGAAUUUGCCCACUCACCUAACCUAUCCAGGUCACCCUGCAUCCUCCUCACAGCCAACACCGCCGCUCAGCUUCAUGUCAUCCACAAACUUGGAGAUGCUGUAUUUAAUUUCCUCGUCUAAAUCAUUAAUAUAUAUUGUAAACAACUGGGGUCCCAGCACUGAGCCUUGCUGGGACCCACUAGUCACUGCCUACCAUUCUGAAAAUGUCCCGUUUACUCCCACUGUUAGGGGGACAGAUAGGAGGUUCUGUGGGAGAGAUCGAGAAUCCUGAAUGGUCUGUUGCCUCUCUGGUGCCAGGGUUCAUGAUAUCUCAGAUCAAGUUCUCAGUAUUCUCAAGAGGGAGGGUGAGCAGCCAGAUGUUGUGGUCCAUGUAGGGACCAAUGACACGGAUAGGAAGGAGGAGGUCCUGCAAAGAGUUUAGGGAGCUAGGUGCAAAGUUGAAGGUCAGGACCUCCAAGGUUGCAAUCUCAGGAUUGCUACCCGUGCCAUGUGCAAGUGAGGCUAGAAAGAAGAAGACAAUGCAGCUAAAUGUGGCUAAGGAGUUGGUGCAGGAAGGAGAGAUUCAUGUUUCUGGACAAUUGGGCCUUGUUCUCGGGAAGGUGGGACCUGUUCUGACAGGAUGGGUUGCACCUGAACUGGAGGGGGACUAACAUCCUUGUGGGAAGGUUUGCUAGUGCUGCUCCAGGGGGUUUAAACUAGAUUUGCAGGGGGAGGGGAACCAGUGUUAGAGCAGAUGGUGAGGUGGAGGAGGAUAAAGGUCAUGCAAGAACUGCAAGUAUAGUGCAUGGAGUAAAGUAACUCUGCUAAGAUGUUAUUGAAAAGCAUGUCAGGGGAUGGAUACAAGAAAAUUUCCAAGUCACUGAAUAUCCCCCUUGGAAUACAGUUGACAAUCAUCAAGAAAUGGAAGGAAUAAAUCUGCUGAGCACAGGCCAUCCUCAAAAACUGAGUGACCAUGCAAGAAUGGGACUUAGUGAGGGAGGCCACCAAGAGACCUGUGACAACUCUGGAGGAGUUGCAAGCUCCAGUAGCUGAGAUGGGAGACUCCACAUACAACUACUUGCUUGGCUGCAUCACCUAUUGCAGCUUUAUGGGAAAGUGGUACACAGAAAGCCACUGCUGGGAAAAAAUCUUGGCUGGAGUUUGCCAGAAGGCAUCAGAGAGACUCUGAAGUCAGCUGGAGAGAGGUUCUAUGGUCUGAUGAAACCAAAAUUGAGCUUUUUAAGCCAUCGGACAUAACACUACCUUUGGUGUAAGCCAAACACCGCACAUCAUCAAAAAUCACACCCUCCCUACCUUUAAGUAUGGUGGUGGCAGCACCAUGCUGAGGGAACGCUUCACUGCAGUAGGCCCUGGAAGGGCUUGUGAAGUUAGAGGGUAAAAUGAAUACAACAAAAUACAGGGAAAACCUGAUGUAGUCUGCAAGAAAACUAUGACUUGGGAGAUUUGUUUUCCAGCAAGACAAUGACCCCAAGCAUAAAGCCAACACUACACAGAAAUGGCUUAAAAACAUCAAAGUUAAUGUCCUGGAGUGGCCAAGUCAGAGUCCAGACUUCAAUCUAAUUGAGAAUUUGUGGCUGAACAUGAAAGUGUCUGUUUACCCACGAUCCCCAUUCAAUCUGACAGAGCUUAAGCCGUUUAGUAAAGAAUGGGGAAAAAUUGCAGUAUCCAGAUGUGCAAAGCUGAUAAAGACAUAUUCCCACAGACUCAAGGCUGUAAUAGCUGCCUAAAGUGCAUCUACUAAAUACUGACUUGAAGGGGGUUAGUAGUCUUUUUCUGUUGAUCAUUGUCAAUAAAAGCCAAAUUAAAUCCACGUGAUUCAAUGUUGUAAAACAAUAAAACAUAGGACCUUCUAAGUCAAGUGAAUACUUUUUAUAGGCACCGUAUGUCUAGAUGAAUAUAUAUAUAUAUGUCUAUUAAUUCACUUACAUAUGUAAAAAUUGUUUCCACUAUUGGGAAUUUUUCUGGUAAUCUUUCGAAGUUGGAAGCUGAAUAAGUUAUGAAAUAGAAUGGCACAUUGGAGACUUUUGGGUAGAAAGUAACAAAAAGCAUGUGAGUAUGCCUUAACUAUACGCAUUGAGGGCUUGUCUGGAGUUCAAAGAUCCUUCAAUAAAAGUCAAGUAUUAGACAAUAGUGCUAUCACAGGACCAGCUUUCAAAUAUUGUAUUUUUUAAUUUGAGUUCAAUCAUGAGGAUUUCUGGAUUGAAUAAUGUCACACUAGACACCUGUGCACUUGACAAUAUAAUUCAUUCUUUGGACCCUGACGAAUAAUGGCAUUGAUCUGUGUAAAACAUCUUUCAGUAUGUGGGAGAAUUGGAAUAGACUAUUCAGAGCAGAGGCAAGACAUAGUUUAUUUUUGCUUUUAGAAAUUCAGAACUACCUCUCCCUAUGCUUGUAGUGAGAAGUGAGGGGGCUGGUAUGUUGCGGCUGUACAUCCUAUUCCUACUGUAUACUGCUUAUCCAUUAUUUUUGAGCUGUAUUGAUAAAUGUAAAUAUUUUCUCUUCAAACAUGCUCAUUGACUUUCAGUAACUGUAGGCUGUAGUUGAAUACAAAAUCAAAUACUAAGAAAAGGAAUUAAUUCUUAACUAUAAUAUGAAGAAUUUAGGGGAUUUUUAAAAUGUUACCUACUUGUUAAGUAAUUGAACAUUCAAAUGAUUUUCAGUCCUUUCACUGAUUAGAACAUUGUUAUGUACUGCUGUUCUAAAAUUCACCCUACAAUUGACACAUUACAAAGGGAAAGAAUAGCAAUUUUGUUCACUUAUUACAAAAUAUCUCAAAGUGUAAUGUUAUUAAGGCAGAGUUGAAUAAACAGUACCAAAUAAAACUACAUAACUGUUCAGAUCAUGCUGUCUCCUACAAACUAGCAAUCCAGAUGACAAUAGUGGUCAAAGGUUUGAGGAAAGAGGAAAAUGCUAAAGCAACUUGGUAGAGGAGGUAACAUUCAAGACUCAGGAGACAACAAGAAGCCUCUUAAUAAAUUUAAAUAUUUAACAAAUUAAAAGUUAAGAACACACACGUACACUCUGCUGAUGUAACUGAUGUGACAUCAGAUAAAACAUUUGAGAUAUCAUGUUUUUUUUUACCACUGUGAACAUUGUUGC